AGUCACGCGCCCCGCCCUACGGAGCCGGCCUCCGCCAGAGGCCGGGGAGCAGCGCCGACGAGCGGACCGGCGAGAGGCGGAAUCUAGAGUCGCAGCCAUGUUCCUGGUGAACUCGUUCUUGAAGGGCGGCGGCGGCGGCGGCGGGGGAGGCGGGGGCCUGGGCGGGGGCCUGGGGAAUGUGCUCGGAGGCCUAAUCAGCGGAGCCGGCGGAGGCGGCGGAGGCGGAGGCGGAGGCGGAGGCGGCGGCGGCGGAGGCGGAACUGCCAUGCGCAUCCUGGGCGGGGUCAUCAGCGCCAUCAGCGAGGCGGCUGCGCAGUAUAACCCAGAGCCCCCGCCCCCACGCACCCAUUACUCCAACAUCGAGGCCAAUGAGAGUGAGGAGGUCCGGCAGUUCCGGAGGCUCUUUGCCCAGCUGGCUGGAGAUGACAUGGAAGUCAGCGCAACAGAACUCAUGAACAUUCUCAACAAAGUGGUGACCCGACACCCUGAUCUGAAGACGGAUGGUUUUGGCAUUGACACAUGUCGCAGCAUGGUGGCCGUGAUGGAUAGUGACACAACAGGCAAGCUGGGUUUCGAGGAAUUCAAGUAUUUGUGGAACAACAUCAAAAAAUGGCAGGCCAUAUACAAACAGUUUGAUGUUGACCGUUCAGGAACCAUUGGCAGCAGUGAACUUCCGGGGGCCUUUGAGGCAGCAGGGUUCCAACUAAACGAGCAUCUCUACAACAUGAUCAUCCGACGCUACUCAGAUGAGGAAGGGAACAUGGAUUUUGACAACUUCAUCAGCUGCCUGGUCAGGCUGGAUGCCAUGUUCCGUGCUUUCAAAUCUCUUGACAAAGAUGGCACUGGACAAAUUCAGGUGAACAUCCAGGAGUGGCUGCAGCUGACUAUGUAUUCCUGAGUGGGAACCCCAGACCUCUCCUCAUCACCUCACAUUAGGUGUCCCCUUGGACAUUUGGUCUCUCUCUCCCAGGGCUGAUCCUGUCUGCAGUCCUGUCUUUGUGGGUCCUGCUGACCCAUCAGCUUUUCCAUUUUCCCAGCUGUUGGCAACUAGCGUCUCAGACAACAGCUAGGGCUCAACAUGUCCCAACAUGCCAUGCCCCAUGUUACCUCUGGCUCUAGGACACUCUAACACACCCUGCCCCAUGGGCCACUCCACCCUCGGCACACCCACUCCACAACCCUUCUCAUGCAUCUGUGCCAAGUUGUGUCACUUCCACACCCCAAGGGCCCGUCUCUAAGUUCUGGGAGGAUCACCCUAGACCCUAUGCACCCUGGCACACCUGUUCAGAUAACCACCCAGCCAGGUCAUAACAGGCCCAUAUACGCCCCAGUGCCUUUGUAUUCUGCCCCAGCCUGCUAGACCCUGGAGGAAAUAAAUGCACCCCAGUUGCUGCUCUGA